AUGAUCUGCCGGUGUUUACGCUCAUUAAGGAGACUGCGGUGUAGUCUUCCGAUUUUAAGGCCCACACCGGUCCAUUGGGCAGUUGGGUUAAGUCUUUUCCCCAGCGUGGCUUACUGCUAUAAUGCUAAUAAUAACAAUACAACUCCACCUCUAGUCAUUGAUUGUGAAGAUGAUACAGAAAUUUCGCCUCCUGAGACUCCAGCGACCAUUUCUGAAAUCCAAGAAAUGUUUACACAGACAUCAAGUGCUGCAAUUGGUCUUUUUCAGAAAACAGCUUCUGCUUUGGUCCAAGCAGAAAAUGAAUACGCAAAGAAUAUUUACAAAUUAAUUGCUUUCCACUCUGCAAGCCUUGACAAUCUUGCUGAAGGAAAUGCAGAGAAAGAAGAAAGAAUCUGGUCCUUAAUUAUUGAUACAAGAUUGCAAAUUAAAGAAGCCAAUGAAAAAAGAAAGAAACUGAUGUUGGUUUUUGCCAGUACAGAGAAACUUUUGAAACAAGUGUCUGAAGUUGCUUUCAUGGCAGAUGAUGAAGAGGCCAGCAUUUUUGCUUAUCGAAUUCUUUAUGAAAUCCAGGAAGAAGUCAAAGAUGCUGCUGAAGAAAGCAAAAUUGCCGAGAACAAAUUGAGUGAAGCUGAAGUUCAUAGUAUUGAAGUGAUUGCCAAAAUUAUGGAAGAAAAUUCAGUGAAUGAAGAAGAGAAGAUGAGCUGA